CAUUUAGAAGUAAGAUCGGAUCAGCCGAUGCUAAGGGCCUUAACCAGCUAACAGCAGUAAAGUCCGAGCUGUUUUUAACUCGGCAUGGUGUCUCACAGACAGAAGCGGCUGUGGAAAUACGUGGAGGAAGGCAGUCUGUUGAAGCUGAAGUCGUACUUGAAGAAGCACCGGGACCUGGAAGUGAACUUCUCCCACGGAAAGAGGGAGAGGAGCCCGCUGCAGCUGGCCUGCUGCCUGGGAGACGACGCUGUGCUGCGGCUGCUGCUCAAACACGGAGCCGAUGUUCUGCAGAAGGACCGUAAAGGAGACACAGCGUUACACACCGCGGUCAACAGAGCUCUGAAAGACGGGAAGACAGUGUAUGAUGAUCUAGUUGUGCCUCUGAUAAAGAGCUGUCCCCAAGCUAUGAAUGCUGCAAACAAUGCUGGAGUCACACCAGAGGACCUGCUGCAGUGGAUGAAACACACACAGACUGCAGAAAACAUGAACCGUCCGUCUGAAGUUGAUCCUGAGAAGGAGUGGGUCGACAAGUUGUUUGGUGAAUGCGAGGAUGAAUUCUGUGAAACCUUUGGAGUAUAUGACGCUGAUGAUUUUCUACCUGUUGAUGAUGACGAUGAGGACUUUGGUGACUGGGCCGAUCGUAUCAGAAAAGAGUACUUUGACAAAAAACACGCUGAUGCCCAAAGACUGGCUGCCUCGUUUUCUCGAGGGAAAAAGAAGAAGAGUAAACCCGAGAAGGAGCAGGAACAGAAGAGUAACAAAGAGCUGCUGGAGAAGCUGAAGAGGGAACACGAGGAGUAUCUGGCUCGUGCCGCUCGUAAAGAGGAAGAGACUAGGCAGGGUAAGAAGCGCAGGUAUGAGGAGGGCUGUGCAGCUACUUUUUCUGGAGGCUCUUCGGCGGGCAGCACAAAGCUGAGCUACAGUGACAUCCCCUGGCCGGCUCCGCGAGGCACCGUGCAGGAGAUGGUGGAGGUGAUGCUGCACGGCGUGGAUCGCAAAGACGUGGAGGUGUUUCGUAAAACACUGCGCAAGCAGCAAGCGAGGUGGCAUCCUGAUAAAUUUGCACAGCGUUGUGAAGCUCGACUAGAGGAGAAGGACAAGAAAAAAAUACUAGAAACAGUUACAGCUCUGUCACAAGAGCUCAACAGACUGGCACACAGCCUGAGGACUUAAACAUCUAGUUACAAUGUAAUUUGUUUUAAUGCUUAACUGAAAAUGUCAAGUUAAGAGUGUGGUUGAUGUGUAAAGACUCUAGAAAACAAAGAGAAACAAAAUGUUUUUACUUUAAUAAACUCGUAUAGAUGGACAGCAGCACAGUGAAAUAUAUGUAAAUGUAACAUUUACAACACAAAUACAUACAAAUCAGAGCACUGACCACAUGUUGGUAUCCAUGCAAAUUAAGAUGAAUGAACUUCCAAGUGAAAACAAAACAUAUUGAGCUGGUCCUUGUAAACCUUGAUAAUAAAUGAAGGUAUAAUCAAACUA